AUGGCGCUCUCCGUGCAGCUGCCAGGCGGGGCCUGCUGGACCUCGCUGCUCCUCUGGUGCCUGUUGCCCCCAGGUACCCUGGAGCAGGGCUUCACGCUGCAGGCGCAGCCCCAAGACCUGGUACUGGCUGCCGGGGGGUCCGUCCUGGUCAAUUGCACCACCGACUGCCCCGAUGCCAGCCACAUCACCCUGGAGACGUCCUUCUCCAAGCGGCAGGCCGGUCAGGGCCCCGGCUGGACGGCCUUCUGGCUGGACAAGGUCACUAGCAACAACCCCAUCUUCUGUUCCGGCUUCUGCAACGGGUCUCAAAUGACCGGCACCUCCAGAGUCACAGUGUACAGGUUCCCACAGCACGUGGAGCUGGCGCCGCUGCCCGCCUGGCAGCCCGUGGGGGACAACUUGACUCUGAGCUGCCGGGUGCAGGGUGGGGAGCCCCGGGCGCGGCUCUCGGUGGUGCUGCUGCGCGGGCAGGAGGAGCUGAGCCGGCAGCCAGCGCCCCUGGGGGAGCCCGCGGAGGUCAUGGCCACCGUGCAGGCGGGCAGAGAGCACCACGGCGCCAACUUCACGUGCGUGGCGGAGCUGGACCUGCAGCCCCAGGGCGUGGGCUUGUUCAGGAACGCGUCGGAGCCCAGGCAGCUGCGAACUUUCGGCCUUCUUCUCCCCCACCCGCCCCAGUCCUGCCCGACACUCCCCCCGCACCUCCAGGCCAGCCGGUUCUGGGAGGCAGGAACCUCGGGCCCGGUGGUCUGCACCCUGUCUGGGGUGUUCCCUGCCGGGGAGGCCCAGAUCCACGUGCAGCUGGGCGACCGCGUGCUGAGUCCUCGCGUGACCACGGAAGGGGACGUGCUCAGGGCCCAGGCCACGGGCACGGCGCGCUCGAGCCCGGAGGGCGCCCUCCAGGUGGUCUGCACCGUGAGCCUGGGGGGCCAGAGCCGCCAGGCCCGGAGGAAGCUGACGGUGUUCAGCUUCCUCGGGCCGGUCCUGAACCUGAGCGAGGCCAACGCCACCGAGGGCUCCGUAGUGACCGUGACCUGCAGCGCGGGGGCUCGAGUCCACCUCCUGCUGGAAGGGGUUCCUGCCGCGGCCCCGGGGCAGCCCGUGCACCUGCAGCUCAAUGCCACGGACCAAGACGAUGCGCGUGACUUCUGGUGUCAUGCCAGCCUCGAGGUGGACGGGGUCUUCCUGCACCGCAACAGCAGCGUCCGGCUGCGUGUCCAGUAUGGCCCCAGGAUUGACCGAGCCACGUGUCCGCAGCACCUGGUGUGGAAGGAGAGGACGAUGCAUGUCCUGCCUUGCCAGGCUCGGGGCAACCCGACCCCUCGGUUGCAGUGUCUGCAGGAACACUCCAGGCGCCAGGUGCCCGUGGGCACCCCGUUCCUCGUCAGGCUAAACCACAGUGGCACCUACGAGUGCCAGGCGGUCAGCCCGCGGGGCAUGCACACGCUGGUCGUGGUGAUGGAUGUGCAGGGUGAGCCUGGCGCCCCAGGAGGACGAGGGAAGCGGGGUGUCCCUCGUCCUGCCAAGCGCCCAGGAGGAGCCACCCACGCCAUGUGCUCUGCUUGCACACACACAGGUGUGAACUCGGCAACCACCAACAUCAACAUCAUCAUGGGCGUGCUGGGGACCCUGGGCCUGCUGGCUAUCCUGGCGGCCUCCCUGUAUGUGUUUGGGAUGCAGAAACGGAGCGGCAGCUACGAGGUGCAGCGGCCCCGGCCCCAGCAGCCCUGGCUGCCCCUGCAGCCCCUGCAUCCCCAGCAGCCCGAGGAGCCCCUGCAGCCCCAGGAGCCCCUGCAGCCCGAGGAGCCCCUGCAGCCCCUGCACCCCGAGGAGCCCCUGCACCCUGAGGAGCCCCUGCAGCCCCUGCACCCUGAGGAGCCCCUGCAGCCCCAGGAAGCCUCGGCAGAAGAGCAGGCGCCUUGA